AUGGCACCCUUGUUGAAAGAGGAGCCCGAGGAGGAUGGGAUCCAGGUACAGGCAGAAGGGAGCCUUUAUCAGUUUGAUCCCGCUUCCAAAAGCUUUACCGCUAUAAGCAGUAGGAAUGUGGAAAUCACUCUCUAUUCCGCUGGCUCAUGGACGUACUGGCUAUGGAUUACUCUUGAAAAUGGGAGUGAACUCAUCAAUAUUCGCAUUGGGGGAGAUUUGAACUACACCCAACUUGCUGGUGAAUGUGCUUUUAGUUUCGCUACUUGCCGCCCUGACGAAGACCCCAAGUCAUGGAAAUUCAGUUUCGAUGAUAAAAAUGGCGGCAGCCAGUUUAUGAAGAAGUUAUCAACUGCAGUCUGGCAGCAGCAACAUGAAGUACGCCUGAUUAAGGUUAGCAAGCCCGAGAAAAAACCCCUCGGCACUAAAAUAGGGGGAACUGGGAACGCGGAAGAUACGGGGGACACGGGGGAAACAGAUGAGAGCUCGGAUACCGAAGAUGAGAUAGAUAGCGGAAAUGACAGUUAUCAGUGGAAAAGACAAUGCAACAAGGAGCAUUCUUCGAAAAAAAAGGAUAAUGUCACAAAUUCGGGUGUUGCUGUUGGGUUGGACAGCACCUUUGUCAUCCGGGGGUCCUCGUUAGGUGUAUUCAGAAACCUGACUGAGGAAGGACAACUAGAAUUUGAGACCAACGUUUCACGAAUACAGGCCUUAACCGGGAAAUAUAUCAAGCCUGCGAAAAUCAUGUUGUAUAGGUGUGAACGCUUUAUGAUACUCCAGGAAGCAAAUGAACCCAACCUCUUACAUCAGAUGAACCUGGAGAUUGGGAAAAUUGACGAAACUUGGUAUUUUGGCCCCGAAAAUUUGGUAGAGACCUUUGCCCCUGAAACGAAGUACGCACAGCUAUAUGAUCAUCGAACUUUAAUCGGCGCGUCUCAAAACACCCUGUAUCGAAUCGAUCCUCGGGAACCUCAUGGAAAGAUUGUGAGCAAGAAGUCCUAUCGACAUCCCAAAAAGUUUUCAUCCUUGGCUUCAACUCCUCAAGGGUAUCUUGCCGUAGGGUCGACAUCGGGUGACAUUCGACUAUUCGACCGCAUCGGUGUCAUUGCGAAAACCCAUAUCCCAAAGCUCGAUGAGAAGAUCCGUGGUAUCGAUGUAUCAAAUGACGGUCGUUGGGUGCUUGCCACAUGCUCCUCAUGCCUUCUUCUCGUCGACUCUCAACCAAAUGAAAUGGGAAAUGCAGGGAUUAAUGGUUUUCGGCAACGUUUUCCGCACAAGUACAAACCCCAGCCGUUGAGGCUCAGAUUAAAAGAGAAUGACAUUAAACGCUUCGGACUCGAACUAAUGAAAUUUACCCACGCUCGCUUUAUUAGCGACACGGAAGGAGUGUACAUAAGUAGCUCCACAGGAAGUUUCCUCGUGAUGUGGGAUUUGCAACAAGUGUUGGCCAAGCGGACAUACCCAUAUAGGAUUCUUCCGCUGGAAAAUACGGUUGUUGGGACUGAGGGAUUACCAAGUCUCGGGGAUCGAGUUGUUGUUGCUGGCACCAAUACUGUUAAUAUGUUCUCUAGGACUGAUGAGUCGUUGAAUUUGGAUCUCCAUGUCACCAUUUGA